AAAACACGAGCUAAAGUGUAUCUUUCAAAAUGAAGCUUCCUUCUCUUCUCAAAACCAAAGAAGCAAGCUCCUCAUGGCCAUGGCCAACUUGUGGAAGCCCUAGAACCAUCUCUUUCAGGGCUGGCAAUGACAUUUUCAAGACAAUAAACUCCGCCUUCAUCGACUCUUCCAAUACCCUGCAGUGCAAAGAGUCUCGUACAUUGGACCGCCCUUUUUUAAACUCGGCCAACGUCGAAUCUGUCAUUGAAGUUGCAGGCACACCAGAACGCUGGUUCACCAAGUCAUCCGAGUCCACAAGCUUUUCAGUAGCCUCAGAAGACCCCUUCGGCGAGCCGAUAGAGACGGUGAUUCGAGGGUUGAGGUCAGAGAGGCUGUUUUUCGAGCCCGGAGAGACAAGUUCAAUAAUGGAGGAGGCUAAGACAGAUGGGUUUUUAUUUAAAGAAAGUGUGGUUAUGGCAGUGGAUUCUUGGGACCCUUUUGUGGACUUCAAGAGGUCAAUGGAGGAAAUGGUGGAGGCUCAUGGGUUGAAGGAAUGGGAGUGUCUUGAAGAGCUUUUGAGUUGGUAUUUAAGGGUCAAUGAAGAAAGCAAUCAUGGUUACAUUGUUGGAGCUUUUGUGGAUUUGUUGGUUAGUCUUUCUUUUGUUUCUUCUUCUUGUUUUGAUGAUCAUUGCUCAUCUAUUACUCAUUCUUUUACUUCUCCAUUGUCAUUUUCUUCUUCCACUUCUACUAGUCCUUGUUUAUCUUCAUUAGAAGCUGAGGAUGAGAUUGAGAAAACAGUGGACAAUGCUUCUUCCUCAGAUGUUUGAUUCCAUGGAAAAUAUGUACUUAGCGGAGUUUUAGAAUGUUAGUGGAAC